AUGGAGAAAGCCCUAACGAUACUGUUACCACUUCUUACGUUGUUUUCAAUUCGAGACCAAAUUUGUAGUUUACUCUAUAGUUUAACAAGUUAUUGGUUAUCAGGAGUCCAAGGGAGCAUCGGUGUAAACUAUGGCACGGUGGCGGACAACUUACCUCCGCCGUCACAAGUGGCGCGCUUCCUUCUUGAUUCCACCAUUAUCAACCGUGUGAAGCUCUACGACACCAACCAGGAAAUCCUACAAGCAUUUGCUCACACCGGAAUAGCGAUUACUGUUGCUGUCCCCAACAAUUUAAUCCCAAAUCUCGCAAAUCUCAACUUCUCUCAACAGUGGGUCAAAACAAAUAUCGUUCCUCACAUUCCAGCCACCAACAUAGUCCGUAUCGUCGUCGGGAACGAAGUCCUUUCCACCACCGACAACUCCGUAGUGUCAAGCCUUGUUCCGGCGAUGCAGACCCUCCACGCAGCUUUAAUCGGGGAGGAUCUUGACCGGAGGAUCAAGGUCUCGACACCGCAUUCAUUAGCCAUACUCUCGUCUUCAAGCCCACCCUCUUCUGGGACAUUUAAACAAGGGAAUGUGGCUCUAGUAAUCAAACAAUUACUUGGCUUUUUACGAGCCACAGGUUCACCAUUCAUGAUUAACCCCUACCCAUUCUUCGGAUACUCCGGUAACACACUGGAUUACGCCAUGUUUAGACCCAACUCCGGGGUGCUCGACGAAAUGACUGACCGAAAAUACACCAAUAUGUUGGAUGCCCAAUUGGAUGCUACGUAUUCAGCCAUGAAGCAACUGGGUUUUGGGGAUCUGGAGAUCAUUAUAGCCGAGACUGGGUGGCCGUCGAAAGGUGAUCCCGGCCAAACCGGUGUUGAUACGGAGAGUGCCCAAGAAUUCAACGCCAAACUCAUCAAACAUGUUAUGUCAGGGAUCGGUACACCACUUAUGCCCAACAAAACUUUUGAGACUUACAUUUUCGCACUCUUCAACGAAAAUCAAAAGCCUGGCCCGAUUUCCGAAAGAAACUUCGGGCUUUUCCAGCCCAAUAUGACACCCGUUUAUAAAGUUGGCAUCUUAAGACACACGGAGGGGUCCGCAUCACCGUCCUAUCGAAAUCCGGUGAGAGGAAAACCGGUGAGGUCACCGGUGCCGAGAACGGAUGGAGGAAAAACUUGGUGUAUUCCAAAAACCGGAGCCAAUGAGGACGUUUUGCAGAUGAAUAUUGAUUACGUAUGCGGUUUGGGGUUCGACUGUCAGCCCAUACGUGAAGGUGGGAGAUGUUUUUACCCCAACUCGGUUCGAGCCCAUGCUGCUUAUGCAAUGAAUGUCUAUUACCAAGCUACUGGACGACAUGAAUAUGAUUGCGAUUUUAGGCAAACCGGAGCCAUAACUUCAAGCAAUCCAAGUUAUCGAAGAUGCAAGUAUUAAAUUGGAGCAUUUUGAAUAAAGGAAGCUUUUAAGUUAAAACCGUUGUACUUUAGAUCAUAUACAAUC